AUGACCGUUGCCGUCGAACUCAUCUCAUCAAGGACGGCCCUGCCCAUCGAAUCGGACCAGGUGCAAACGACGGUCGCGAUGCCCGAGGCCGCCGCCGUCUACCCCCCGAGGGCCAAGUAUAGCUUCCUCGACGACUACAGCGAGGGCGCGCACCCGCAGGUGCUCGAGGCCCUCAUCGCCAGCAACGGCACCCAGGAGUCGGGCUACGGCAACGACCGUUACAGCGACGAGGCUCGUCGUCACAUCUGCCGCCACCUCGGCCGCGAUGACGUGGGCAUCUUCUUCGUCCCCAGCGGCACCUCGGCCAACGCCAUCUCCAUCGCCGCCUGCCUGCGGCCGCACGAGGCCGUCAUCGCCGCCAGCACCGGCCACAUCGUCACGCGCGAGACGGGCGCCGUCGAGGCGACGGGCCACAAGAUCAUCAACGUCGCGCCCUGCAACGGCAAGCUCACCCCCGACAGCAUCCGCAAGGCCCUCGACGACAACUGGCACUACCCCCACAUGGCCAAGCCCCGGCUCGUCUACGUCUCCCACGCCACCGAGGUCGGCACCGUCUACUCCAAGGCCGAGCUCGCCGCCAUCAAGCAGCUCUGCGAGCUCAAGGGCCUGCUGCUCUUCAUGGACGGCGCCCGCAUCGGCGCCGCCCUGACCUCGUCGACGAGCGACAUGACGCUCCGCGACGUGCUCGACCUCACCGACAUCUUCUGGAUCGGCGGUACCAAGAACGGCGCCCUCCUCGGCGAGGCCGUCGUCGUCAAGAGCCCCGACCUCGCCGUCGACUUUGCCUUUUACGUCAAGCAGCACGGCUCGCUGCUCGCCAAGAGCCGCAUCAUGGGCGUCGAGUUCGCCGAGCUCUUCCGCGAGAACCUCUACUUUGAGCUCGCCCGCCGCGGCAACGCCGCCGCCGAGAAGCUGUCGCGGUCCAUCGUCGGCGCCGGCUACGCCCUGCGGGCCGAGACCGAGACGAACCAGGUGUUCGCCAUCCUUCCCCUCGGCCUCGUCCAGGAGCUGCAGAAGGACUUUGUCUUUUACGUCUGGGAAAAGUGCGGCGCCAACUGGGCCGUCGUCCGCCUGCUGACCACCUGGGCCACCGACACGGCCCAGCUGGAAAAGUUUAACAACACCGUCUUGAGCUGGGUACCCUUGCCCGACCACGGUGAUGCCGAUGGAUGCUUCUGA